UUUCAUUUGUGAAAGCAAGACGAGUAGCAGAUCAACUCCCAUUUAAGAAGCUCCUUAAUUACAAAUUCUAUAGAAAACUAUUGAAGCCAUGGAGCCAAAUGCUGAGAUAUCGAUGAUGAAGGGAUUCCCUGCUCUGCAUCAACAAUAUGAUUUCCAUGGUCAUUCUCACACCCACAAACACAACCCCAUCUCAAGCCUCCUCAACAUGCAGCAGGCAGACGAAGAAGCUCAAGGAUACCAUACUAUUGUAGCCAACGACUCCUUGCCAUUUGCCUUCACUGCAUUCUUUCCCGGCCGACUCCAUGACUUCUCUCCGACAAUCCCUUGUGACGAAGCAAAAGAUCAGCUCCACCAAGGCAUCGUCAACGAGAGGAGGCUCAAGAGAAUGAUAUCCAACAGAGAAUCUGCUCGGAGAUCCCGUAUGCGGAAGAAGAAGCUAAUGGAAGACCUCCAGUAUCAGGUUCAACAGGCACAAACAGCCAAUCAACAGCUCUCCCAAAAGCUUUUCCAACUGUUGGAGUGGAACCAGCAGAUCCUCAAACAGAAUGCUCAGCUAAAGGGAAAACUCUCUUCCCUUCAAUUACUCCUCGAGGUCACUUGCAAAUCCAACGCCAAUCGCCCUACCGCUGAAACUUCCACUCCUUCCACCACCAGUUUGCUUUACUGA